AUGGAAAGUAGUAGGGGCAAUGGAAAGGCUGGGGCUGUGGCUGGAUAUGGAAUUUUCUUCAGUGAUGGUGAUGAGAGAAAUGUUUCUGCCCCUCUGGAAGGUACACCUCAAACCAAUCAACGAGCUGAACUCACCGCGGCUCUCCGCGCUCUUGAAAUCGUACCCCUGGAUAAAAACAUUGAAAUCAUCACAGACAGCAACUACACGAUCAAUUGCGCGACGGUGUGGUACAAGGGCUGGGAGAAAAAUGGUUGGAAAACCAGUACCGGGAACGCGGUCAUGAAUGAAGAUUUGGUGAAGCAGAUUAGGGAACGUAUCGAUGAAAGGACGAAGGCUAAAGUUCAGACAAAUUUGACGUGGGUUAAGGGACAUGAUGAGAAUCCGGGCAAUGUAGCGGCAGAUAGGUUGGCUGUCAGCGGGGCGAUGGGAAAAAGGAAAUGA